AUGGCCUCUCCGCCCCAGGGGUAACGCGCACUUUCACCCCGGCCCCUGGCACGGCCGGGCGCUUUGCGGCAGCCUGCCUGCCUCUCUAGAAACUUCUCGGUCCCUCCUCCUCCUCCUCCUCUCCCCUCCCCUUCCUCCUCCCCGCCGACCAGGGGCCGGCGCUGCGGCGAAGGCAAGAGGGAAGGAGGCGCGCGGCGCCCGCCCCCGCCCGCGCUGCUCGGAGCCGGAGGCGCAGCGAGGCGCUCGCCCCAGCCCGGCGGGAGGCUGGUGCUGAACCCGACCCCGCGAGGCGGCCCUCCCUGCGCAGCGGUGGCAGCGGCAGGCGGGAUGACGGCGGAGGAGAUGAAAGCGGACGGGGCUCCCUUGGAAGGGGCCGACAUCACCCCCAAGCGGGAUGAGGGCGUCCUUAAGGUUAUCAAGAGAGAAGGCAGUGGGACAGAGUCUCCGAUGAUAGGUGAUAAAGUGACUGUCCAUUACACAGGAUGGCUUCUUGAUGGCACGAAAUUUGACUCCAGUCUGGACAGGAGAGACAAAUUUUCAUUUGACUUGGGGAAAGGCGAGGUGAUCAAAGCAUGGGACAUUGCUGUGGCAACUAUGAAGGUUGGUGAAAUCUGUCGGAUUACAUGUAAACCCGAAUACGCCUAUGGCUCAGCUGGGAGCCCCCCAAAGAUACCUCCCAAUGCUACACUGAUUUUUGAGAUAGAACUUUUUGAGUUCAAGGGGGAGGACCUCACUGAUGAUGAAGAUGGUGGCAUCAUCCGAAGAAUCCGUAAAAAAGGGGAAGGCUACUCCAAGCCCAAUGAGGGUGCACUUGUAGAGAUCCAGUUUGAAGGCCGAUGUGGAGAUCGUGUUUUUGACAGGCGGGAAUUGCGGUUUGAGAUUGGAGAAGGUGACAACUAUGAUCUUCCUCAUGGUCUGGAGAAAGCAAUUCAAAAAAUGGAGAAAUCGGAGGAAUCUGUGUUCUAUCUCAAACCCAACUAUGGUUUUGGAAGUGCUGGAAAGGAGAAGUUUCAGAUCCCUCCAGAUGCAGAGCUACAGUAUGAAGUGAAACUCAAAAGUUUUGAAAAGGCUAAGGAGUCUUGGGAAAUGAACACAGAUGAGAAGCUGGAACAAAGCUGCAUUGUGAAGGAGAGAGGCACUCAGUACUUCAAGGAGGGGAAAUACAAACGGGCAGCAUUACAGUAUAAGAAGAUUGUGUCAUGGCUGGAGCAUGAAUCAGGACUCUCUGAUGAGGAGGAUACGAAAGCCAAAAGCUUGAGGCUUGCUGCCCACCUUAAUCUAGCUAUGUGCCAUCUCAAGCUGAAGGAAUACUCCCAGGCUUUGGAGAACUGCAACAAGGCCCUUGAAUUGGAUAGCAACAACGAAAAAGGCCUCUUCCGGCGUGGAGAAGCACACUUGGCUGUCAAUGACUUUGAAUUGGCCCGGGGAGAUUUCCAGAAAGUGAUACAACUUUAUCCAAGUAACAAAGCUGCUAAAGUGCAACUGGUAGCUUGUCAGCAAAAAAUACGGGAGCAGCAUGAGAAAGAGAAAAAGAUGUAUGCCAACAUGUUCCAAAGGCUUGCAGACAAAGAGUUAAAGUCAGCUGCUACUCUUCAGACUAGCCACACUGAAGAUGCAGAAAUGAAAGAUGAGCAGAAUGGAGUUGAAGAUAAAUCGGAAGUUGACACAGAAGCAUAAAAACAAACCCUAUUCCAUUAGUUUUGUAAAUGAAAGAAUUUCCAGUGAAUUAAACCUUUAUUUUUCUACCUGGUUGGACAGUGGCUUCAGGGGAGCAGAGGCUGAAGCCACCAUGCCACAGUCACUUACAGCUCUAUAUGUCUGUUGAAGAAGCUGAGUGGCAGCAUAAAUCUCGUUUAAUCCUAGAGACUUUAUUUAUUCAUUCAGCCUCUGUUACUGUUUGGGUUCUGUCUGGAUUUACUCUGCUUGGUUUAUUUGCAUUUUGCCAUUGGUGUUUGUCUCUGGUUCCAGCUCACUUUAAUCCCAGGUUCUGCUUCCUAAAUUUAUUUCCUUGAUUUCUUUCAAGUAAUCAGCCUUUUCCAGGAGUCCUCACAUGAGACUUGAGAACAAAUUGGCGCUCCCAGUUCUGCCUUGGCAUUGCCCGCUUCCCCCUUGUUCAGUAGGGAGUCCCUUCCAUUAAGUGUUGUAACCUUUCUUGUAUGCCUCCUCUUUGCAAACUGCUGAAGGUGAAGACUGUGAAGUCACAGCUUAAGUAAUAAAGCUCUAAUUAAACUCAAGAAAACAGAACUUUUUGUGGGUUUUUAUUGGAAUUUUCACAGAAUUAAGAGAAUUUACGGUCUUUUGGUCAUUCAGCGUUUUCUCAUCCACAUAGCUGUACAGUAGCCACAGUAUCUGAUUAUUUUUGUGUUGUUUGUUCAUUGCCAUAGAAAAUUCCCACAAUAGUCGAUAAUGGUAUUUACCCAUAUAUUUGCAAAAGGAAAAAAUAUGUUGCUGAAAAUUGUACAAAAAGCAAGCCUGUAACCUAUGCAUAGAGCUUAUUUUCUGUUCAUAUUGCUACCUUCCUCUUCACCUUCCACAUUGUAAAACUGGACCAGAAAAAAACCAUUUAUUUGUACCUGAAAGUGACUGGCUUUGAAGAGAAAAUAGGUGAUAAUGGUUUAACACAUUACAAAUACUUCUAAAUCCUAAUGAACUACAGACUUCCGAGUGAUUCUAACGUCUGCUUAUCCCCAUCUAACAAGAAUCUAUUACUUGAUAUUCUGCUUCAUUCUGUAGUAUGCUGUGUGUCUUGUUCGGGGGUGGCUGUGCUUUCAGGUUUUGUGUGGGCUUUUUGUUGGGGUGGGGUUUUUGCUUGUCUGCAGGCAUGGCACAUAGUACUCCAACUCAUCUUCUCCAUUUAUCCUGUUAUGCAGUGUUAAAUUCAGCAUCUCCACUGUCCUGUUCUGAGCCCCUCUAGCAGCAGGGACACUUUUUUGCCUGCUCUGCAGGAGGAAGGUAGAUGAUCUGUUCCUUUCAGAUACAAAAUGGAUUUUUUGCAGUGAGAAAGAUGUCUUGUCUUUGCAUGGCAUGGGAUGGGCUGGAAUUGUGUGUAUAUUGCAGAGAGUAUCCCUGUUUUAACAUGAAUGAUGUCUGAAAUCUUAGUUUGAAUUCCUGGUCUCCUCUGCUGAGACAGAAGUACUGUGUAAGCACUUAUUCAUGAGGUUCUUGAAGGCCAGGAAGUUGCCAGUGCCCCUGCAGGAGCGCCAGCUUGGGCCUGGCAGCUGUGUAACUGAACUGUCACCAAAGUGGUAAGGCCUGUUUGACAUGCUGUCCUGUCCCCAGGCCCAAGACAAAAACUUCACCACCUGCUGCUGGGUUGGAGCUAGCUUAGGGAGCUGUGAACCGCACUGCUCUCUGUGUUGUGUGGCAAUGCCCU